AUGGGAGUAUAUUGCUUAGACAAAUUAGUUUUUAACCAUAGUUUAAAAAAGAAUACUUUACUUUCUAAAAAAUCUAAUAUUAUAAUAAAAUUUCUAAAGAUGCUAAACUUAUUCGUUGCUGUUAUUAUGGAUAAUUUUGAUUAUUUAACGAGGGAUAGCUCUAUACUUGGACCUCACCAUUUAGAUGAAUUUAUACGUGUAUGGGCUGAUUUUGAUCCUACAGCAACUGGUCGUAUCCAUUAUUCUGAUAUGUAUGAAAUGCUACGUAAUAUAGCUCCUCCUGUCGGAUUCGGAAGAAAAUGUCCUUAUCGGCUAGCCUACAAACAUCUUAUUCGGAUGAAUAUGCCUGUUGCCGAUGACGGAACAGUUCAUUUUACAACAACCUUGUUUGCUUUAAUUAGGGAAUCUUUAAUUGAGGAAAUGGAUGAGGCUGACGAAGAAUUACGUCAAACUCUUCGCAAAAUUUGGCCUCUAAAAUCAAAGAAAAAUAUGAUUGACCUUGUUGUGCCUCCAAAUGGAGGUAAAUGUUUCCAUAAAUCUCUCUCUCAUUUAUAUUCGGAUUUUUUGUUUUUCUCUCAUUAUUUUUUUCUAUUUUCUUCUUCAGAUUUAUGCUUUCAAAAGCUUACUGUUGGUAAAAUAUAUGCUGGACUUUUAAUUCUUGAAAAUUGGAGGGCACGUAAAUCUGGGGUUGAGGUAAUCGAAAUGAUAAAAAAUCUUAUUAUAUAA